UCUCCCUGUAACCUCCUGGGUGUUUAUUAACUCCAGCUCAGGGAGACAUUUAGCAGGGGAAAGAAUGAAGUCUUUUGUAUUGGGAGCAGCUUUUUGAAUCCAGCUUCCUUCCACCACACCUUUUCACUAAGGCAGAGACUUCUCGCUCCGCCAGGUAACUUUCAGGUCUCGGCCUCUUCUGCUUCAGUGUAAUAAGAACGCAGCAGUGAAGAAAAUCCACUGCUACCUUGUCUUACCAGGCUUCCUUAGGCAAGACUCCAUCAUGUAGGAAGAAAGACAGAAAUAGUUGUGAGCAGGGAAGAUAGGACAGAAGGAGAAAAAGGACCCAAAAGCAGAAGCAGAAGUGCACACAUUGCAACUUGCAGUGAAGAACAACGAUGUUAAAUAUGCUUCCUGUUCCUGUAUUAGUGCUCAGCAACUUGGAACUGCCUGUUUGCCUCAGUUCUUUUUGCCCAUACCUACCAACACGGACUGAUCAUGGAGCAGUCUAUGAAUGUGUGAUGGGCAGCAGACACGCAUAAGGUAGAUGGGUAGAGUCAAAAAAGGAGAAUUCACAUCUGGAAAGUCUGAUUGAGACAUCAAACACUCAUUUGCUUUUAUUCUCGUUGUAAAAGAAACGUCUUCAGUUAAUUUUUCAAUUGUUUUCUUAACUGGAUUUUUUGAUUCUGCCACUGGUCACCUGGGAAAUAAUGAGCAGGUGGUUUCAUCGUGACCUGAGUGGCAUAGAUGCUGAGGCCUUACUCAAAGCACGAGGAAUUCAUGGCAGCUUUCUGGCUCGGCCCAGCCGGAAGAACAAGGGGGACUUUUCCCUUUCGGUCAGGGUUGGUGAUGAGGUAACUCACAUCCGUAUCCAGAAUACUGGAGAUUAUUAUGAUCUCUAUGGAGGAGAGAAAUUUGCUACUUUAUCAGAAUUGGUGGAAUAUUAUACACAGCAGCAGGGAUCCCUGCAAGAUAAAGAUGGAACCAUCAUUGACUUGAGGUACCCACUCAACUGCUCUGAUCCCACAACAGAAAGAUGGUACCAUGGACAUCUUUCUGGUCCAGCAGCUGAGGCUUUACUCCAAGCCAAGACUGCACCAUGGACUUUCUUAGUGCGUGAGAGCCUUAGCAAGCCUGGUGAUUUUGUGCUGUCUGUCCUGACUGACCAGCCUAAACCUAGGACUGAUGUUACUGGAGCCCACAGCCAGGAACGACUCAAAGUUACCCAUAUCAAGAUUAUGUGUGAGAAAGGGCAGUACACAAUUGGGGGUACAGCAAGAUUCCUCAGUUUGACUGACUUAGUGGAACAUUUUAAGAAGACAGGAAUUGAGGAGGCAUCUGGAUAUUAUGUAUAUUUGAGACAGCCUUUCAAUGCCACUCGAGUGAAUGCAGCUGACAUUGAAAACAGAGUGGAAAUGCUCAAAAGGAGGAGUCAAGCAGAAGAGGCAAACAAAGGUGGUUUCUGGGAGGAAUUUGAUAGCCUGCAGAAACAAGAAACGAAGAACUUGUAUGAUCGACACGAGGGUCAAAGACCAGAAAAUAAGAUCAAGAACCGCUAUAAGAAUAUCUUGCCCUUUGACCACUCCAGAGUUAUUCUUCAAGACAGAGAUGUGAAUAUUCCUGGGUCUGAUUAUAUCAAUGCCAACUACAUCAAGAAUGAGCUGUUCAGUCCAGAGGAAUGCAGUAAAACCUAUAUUGCCAGCCAAGGUUGCCUGGAAGCCACCAUUAAUGAUUUCUGGCAGAUGGUAUGGCAAGAAAAUUCACGCAUCAUUGUGAUGACCACUCGGGAGGUGGAGAAAGGACGGAAUAAAUGUGUUCCCUACUGGCCAGAAGUAGGAAGCAGCAAAGAGUAUGGGCCUUAUAUUGUGGAAAAUAUUGGAGAUCGUGAGGCGAUAGACUAUAAACUCCGACAACUUCGGCUUUCACCAAUCAAUAAUGGUGAGGCUGUGAGAGACAUCUGGCAUUACCAAUACCUGAGCUGGCCAGACCAUGGAGUGCCCAGUGAGCCUGGAGGGAUUCUUAACUUCCUUGAUGAACUCAAUCGGAUGCAGGAGAGUGUCCCAAGAGCUGGACCCAUCAUAGUGCACUGCAGUGCUGGGAUUGGUCGCACUGGGACCAUCAUUGUCAUUGAUAUGACUGUGGAUAUGAUUUCCACUAAAGGACUGGAUUGUGACAUAGAUAUUCCAAAGGCCAUUCAAAUGGUCCGGUCGCAGCGCUCAGGAAUGGUGCAGACUGAAGCUCAGUACAAGUUCAUCUAUAUGGCCAUAUGCCAAUUUAUAGAGGUCACCAAAAAGAAGCGGGACAUUAUGCAGUCUCCGAAAGGAAGACUAAAUGAAUCAGAGUAUGGGAAUAUCACCUACCCACUUGCCCAGAAGACUUCACAUCCAAAGAUUUCUAGAAAAUCUUCCAGGCAAAGGGAGGAACCAACCCUGUAUGAGAAUUUAGACAACAUGAAAGGGAAAAAGGAAGAGAAGGGUCAAAAACCAUGGCCAUCUGGGAAAGAAAAGAAACCUAAAGGCUCUUUGAAGAAAAAGUAACCAUCAUUGGCUCCAUUCGCAGUGAUCAAUUUGUCCUUGCUAAUAACAAUUUUGUCUAGAGGUUUACAGAAUUGUAGAGAGCUGUCCAACACAUUUUGGUCAUUGCAUGGAAAAACCCAGCUGGCACUUUCUCCUUUCAUCACUUCAUUCUCUCUUGUCCCUUGGUCCCUUUCAUAUAUUAUUUUAAAUUAUCGUAGGCCUCUUAGAUGUUUAUUUCAUUUGCAUGUAGAAUUUUGCACCCACUGUAAUUGUGCAGAUUGUUCUCAGCCACCAAUUUAUUGCCUUGAUUCCUUCGUUACCUCCUAAACUUCCCCAUCUUUCAGCACAACUACUAGGUAGAUCUCUGCUGUUUUUGAGGCUGUGGAAAGUGGAAAGUGCCUUCUUCUUUAGUCUAUAAACUAAAACACCUGCUUGCAUUCCCUAGACCUCUCCUAAGAGGGCCUAGUCCUUCCCAUUUUCUAUAAUGUACCCCUUACUAGGUGGUACAAAGCUUAGUAUGGAUCUGGAGCUGGCAAACCAUGUACUUUCGCUUUGGGCCAUUCCACUUAUUGGACCCAGAGGCUGAAUACAGUGCUUUUCAAUAAGCAUUGCUUCCAAAGCUUAAGCUUUCUAAUCCAGUUUCUUCCUACUGUUUGUUUGAAACUUAAUCAGAUCAAAGCUGACCAUGUUCCAUUUACAACUGGGAACCACAAGCUCAACAGCUAUCUGUUUAUUCACCAGCCUUUUGGCAAUUACACUCUGUAAAUAAUAGAUUGGGUUGCUUUACUCUGUAAAUAAACCAGAUAUUUGUUUGG